AUGGAUGGAGCAGCUACCAGCUUUAGCAGCAGGAUGAGCAAGAGGUGGUCUCUCCAAGGACAGACUGCUCUCGUCACCGGUGGCACCAAAGGACUCGGAUAUGCUAUCGUGGAGGAACUGGCAGCCCUAGGGGCCACUGUCUACACAUGCUCCAGAAAUAAGGCAGAGCUUGAUAAUUGUUUGAAGGGUUGGAAAGAGCUGGGUCUGCAGGUAACCGGUUCGGCCUGUGAUUUGACCUCUGCAUCUGAAAGACGGAAGCUAAUGCAGGCCGUAUCCUCUCAAUUCAACGGAAAGCUUAACAUCCUGAUCAACAACGCUGGGGCAAAUGUAGUUAAACCCACUCUGGAGUUCACGGACGAAGAUUACUCCCUUCUGAUGCGUACAAACAUGGAGUCGGCAUUCAGCCUGAGCCGACUUGCACAUCCUCUUUUGGCGAAUUCCGGGGCAGGAACGAUCGUGUUCAUGGGAUCUGCUGCGGGUGUCACAUCUCUGAAUGUUGGCAGCAUAUAUGGGAUGACCAAAGCUGCAAUGGUUCAACUAACCAAAGAUCUAGCAUGCGAAUGGGUAAAGGACAACAUAAGGAUCAACUGCGUUGCACCUUGGUUCAUCAAGACUGCCAUCAAUGAGAGCUACUUUGAGAGCGAGGAGUUCUCAAAGUCAGUGAGAGCUCGAACUCCCAUGGGACGAACUGGAGAGCCGGAGGAGGCGGCAGGGUUGGUUGCAUUCCUCUGCCUUCCGGCGGCCUCUUAUAUUACCGGCCAGACUGUUGCCGUUGAUGGGGGAGCCACUGUCCAUUGCUUCACUCCACCUGGAAGUGGAAGGUCAUGAAUCAGAUGGCAUGUUCAUCUCCUACUUUAUAACCCUUUCACCAGGCAAUAAUAAUCAUCUACCAAAUUGCUGAUUGUGUUCCAUAUCACAGCUCCAUUAAGGUACGGGGACAUUGACACCACAUAAGCUAGGGAGAGCCUUGGCGACAGGGGGAUCGACGCGAUAGGUGAUGAUGGCAGGUUUGAAGCACUUGCAGAGCUGUUGACGAAUGGCGGCGGUGUUUGCCUCAUCGUUCAACAGCUUAACAUUGGAGCAACAUUGGGUAGACGGUGAAGGGGCUUGCUUAGUGAGGAAUGGCAAGCACGGCAGCAACUGAAGCAAUGCACCUGGGCAUGUCACGCCCGCAGCUUGCCCGUUCACUAGUGUACUUGUUGACGAGCCCAUCAUCAUCAAUGCCAACAUGAAAGCUACUGUAGCUGUGCCAUUCAGUCUACUGUUCACUGAUGUCUUCAUUGUGAUUUUUUAAUCUGAUCAAUACAACUUCUUUUAUUUGAAAAAAAGUUGGAAUAAUUUUGCCGGUGGUGGGUGCUUUACUGAUAUGAGAUGGGGCAAAGAUAGCUAUGUCUGUUUUGCUUUUAUAGGCAUCAAAGUGUGUUGGAUAAUUGUGGAUUUGUUUCACCUAUUACUAUUAUGGGUAUCAUUUGGAGAAAGG